GUACUUUAUUAAAAAUAGUAUAAUCGCGAUACUUUGGGCAGGGCCCAUAUGAACUCCGAUACAUUCCUCUCUUUACCUGAUUGCGACAAAUUGAGAACCCCCGGCGCGGAACACCUGAAUACUUAAUAAACGGAUAAAAUUAACAUUAAUAACGACUGUCUGUGGCUGAUCCACAUCUUAUCCGAGGACAAACCCAGCCGACUAGACCUUCUUGAUAAACGCUUUCCGAUACUUGGUCGGGAAGGACCAAGUCGUCAGUUUUUCACGACGUUUCUCUUCGGCACGUCGAUGGGUGACAUCAGGGUUAACGAAGACGUGCUAUUUGUGCUCGAUCGGGUGUCCGGGAUGGAGCAGAAUUCGGAAGAAUAUCGUGCCGAGCCGGCGAAGAACGAGUCCGAAAACGAGAGCAACGAUGAAGAUUACGCGCGUUCGCCGGUGUUACUGGAUUUAGACGAGAACUCAAAGCAACAGCAACAAAAGGCAAGCUCGCCGAGUUCCGCAUCAACGGUGAAUCAAAGAUUGGCGGCAGACGAAACAACACGACCGCAGGCCAUGAGAGACAGAUGGCAAGAGACGAGCUUCGAGACGCGCGGCCAGCAGAAUCCCGAGGGAGUGCUCGUGAUUAGAGUACCGGAACCGGAAAUAAUUGGCAGCCAUCCGCAUCUCGAGAUGCUCCACGAGACCAACAUUAAGUCGGUGCACCGGGAGCCGUCGCAGACUGAGAAAGGUGCGGCAAUGUCGAAUUGCUCGUUGCCUGACUACAAGAAGUCUGCCUGCGAUCGCGAACGGACCCGAAUGCGCGACAUGAACCGCGCAUUUGAGCUGUUGCGGUCGAAGCUGCCGAUAUGCAAGCCGCCCGGCAAGAAGCUCUCCAAGAUCGAGUCGCUGCGCCACGCCAUCACGUACAUCAGGCAUCUGCAGAGCCUGCUGGAGCCGCAGUACAGCUAUGUACCAAGCAUGCCCGAUCGUGCCAGCGGCUAUUACGCGGCCCCAUCGGGUCCGCCGACGUCUUUCGAGGUGCAACAUCCGGCUGCAGCCCGAUGGGAGUCCCUUUACUACCGAUACGAUUACCACGCGCCCUUCGCCACCCCAUCGCCGCCGACUUUGAUACCGCCUCUGCAGCCGAGAUUGCCGGUUGAUCAAGAGGACCGACAGUUCUCUUACAAAGCACGUCACUAGCUCAUCGCUUCGAGAACGAGCCCUCGUAAAAAAUUAAUGAAUUAAAAAAGUUGAUAAAAUUUAUUUUGUAAUAUUAUGGAUUUCUAAGAACAAGACGUUAAUUGUCUUUUAGAAGGCAUAAACAUUCAUGGUCCAAAAUACUUUUAGAAGGAAUAAACAUUCAUGGUCCAAAAUACAAAAUGUUUACCUUCAACAAAGGAAUUAGAAUUGUUAUUCUAAACUUAACAAUUUUUGCCUCAGAUUUGAAUUGACUUCAAGAACAUUAUA